GAACCCAAAUCCGUGAUAAGUCCAUCUCCUGUGAUCAUAGGUGGGAUGGUUUUGGACAUCCAUGCCAAGCCCUAUGCCUAUCCAAAUCCUGGAACCACUACCCCUGGGAAGACACGUAUGCUGCAUCAACUCUUCAUGGUCACAUGUCCGUCAUGUGUCCAAUUAGAACAAUUUGGGGAAUUUCAGACUUGCUCGCCUGCAUAGGGCAGAUCAACUAAGGACAUGGACAAGCCCUCCACAACUAAUAUCGACUCAGCUACACGAAUUUUGAUGUUUUGGGCUUCUUUUUUUUUUUUUUUUCUCUUUCAUCCAAGACUUUCUACUGGCUUCAAUUGUCUCUACUAAUCCUAGCUAGAUGAUCAGCAGGAUUACAGAGGUUUUAACCUCAAUAAAUUUCUAGAAAUCAACUGCCUCUUCCGUGAUAAACACAUUGAUGGAGGACCUAUUGGUGGCUUGCAUCAUAGGUUCGUUAUUUUAAUGGAGGAGUGGCAAGGAAUGUUGCUGAGUGCAUGUCGAAGCUUGGAAGUAAACCUUUCAUGAUUAGUGUUGUUGGAGACGACGUAGCAGGAGAUUUACUGAUGAGGUACUGGAAAACUGCUAGGCUUCCUACAGAAGGAAUUCAGCAGUUGCCUGGUAUCAUAACACCUGCUGCAUCACUUAUAUUUGAUUGCAAUGGCGAGUUGGCUGCUGCUGUUGUAAGUGUUGAGGCAGUUGAAACUUUUCUGACUCCUGAUUGGAUAAAACAAUUUCAACCUAAUAUAUUUGCCGCACCAGUGGUGAUGGUUGAUGCAAAUCUACCUCCUCAUUCACUUGAAGUUGCUUGUCAAAUAGCUGCGAGGUGUGCUAUCCCCUUAUGGUUUGAGCCCGUCUCUGUGGCCAAGUCGACAAGAAUUGCAUCUAUUGUAAAUCAUGUAACUUUUGCUUCCCCAAAUGAAAUCGAGCUCAUUGCCAUGGCAAAUGCUCUGUCACCGAAGAAGGGAUUUAAUUUUGUUCCCGCCGAAGCCACGAAAGGCAUAGGCCAACCUGUCGACUAUUUAUUCGAACAGCUAAAACCAUCAAUUCAGUUUCUGCUCCAGAAGGGUAUCAAAAUGCUCAUCGUCACGCUCGGCUCAAACGGUGUAUUCUUUUGCUGUGGAGAACUAAGCUUUACGAAGAGCAAUUUAAAUCUCAGUACAAGUAGUUUCAAUGGAAUAUACGAACUUAUGAAAGAAACUUGCCUACCAAAGCAAUGUGUUAGCUAUGUUGAGUCUGCGCAAAGAUCUAUCAAGUCUUUUGCUUUCCAUUUUCCGGCGCUUCCAGCGUCAGUAGUGAGCCUUACAGGGGCAGGUGACUGUUUAGUUGGCGGAAUCCUUGCCUCCAUUUGUAGUGGCCUGAAUGUGAUGCAAAGUGUGGCAGUUGGAAUAGCAGUCGCUAAAGCUGCAGUAGAGGCUGAAACCAAUGUUCCAGCAGAAUUUUCCUUAUCAAAUGUCGCAGAUGAGGCAAAGAAAAUAAUCUCAGCUGUGAAACCACUUCUUCUCGAAUGAAGAAAUCAUGACAGUUAUGCUAUGUGCAUCAUUUCUGUCGAUACAAGAUGGAGCGAAUAAUUUUAGGACUCCCGGUAGGUAUCUCUGUGGAUUGUGGAAGGGCUGAAUGGAGAUAUUCGUGACAUUAUUGCCGACGAUGUAAAUCUUGGUGCUGGAUCCGGUUCACUGCCAGUACUAUGUUUUCCAAUGUGUCCAUGUGGAUUCUGGCAAAGUACUUUUUAGAUUAGAGUGUACCUUUAUCUUUUUUCACCAUAACUUAAAACGAAAUUGCUGAAAUAGUAGUUAUGGCUAAUGCUUGCUAGAGAGUUUUA